AACUCCCUUAUGUAACUUCUCUUUGCAGCCUGAGAUUUCUUAAUGCCUCUGCCAACAAACUGGAAAUGCUUCCUCCAGCAACUCUUUCUGAAGAAACCCAUAGCAUCUUACAGGAGUUGUACUUGACCAAUAACAACCUCACAGAUAAAUGCGUACCCUUGUUAACAGGCCAUCCGCACCUGAAAAUCUUGCACAUGGCUUACAAUCGCCUGCAGAGCUUCCCUGCGAGCAAAAUGGCCAAGCUGGAAGAGUUGGAGGAAAUUGAUAUUAGUGGGAACAAACUGAAAGCCAUUCCAACAACUAUCAUGAACUGUAGACGUAUGCAUACUGUAAUUGCUCACUCCAACUGCAUCGAAGUCUUCCCAGAAGUCAUGCAGCUUUCUGAAAUAAAGUGCGUGGACCUAAGCUGCAAUGAACUGAGUGAAGUCACAUUGCCUGAAAACCUGCCUCCAAAACUACAAGAGCUGGACCUGACUGGAAAUCCCAGAUUAGCCUUGGAUCACAAAACCCUAGAGCUGCUGAACAAUAUCCGUUGCUUCAAGAUUGACCAGCCCUCGGCCGGUGAUGCUUCAGGAGCGCCAGCGGUGUGGAGUCACGGUUACACAGAAGCAUCAGGCGUUAAGAACAAGCUGUGUGUGGCAGCACUUUCGGCCAAUAACUUCUGUGACAACCGGGAGGCACUUUAUGGUGUUUUUGACGGUGACCGCAACGUGGAAGUGCCGUAUCUGCUGCAGUGCACCAUGAGUGACAUCUUAGCAGAAGAGCUGCAGAAGACAAAAAAUGAGGAGGAAUACAUGAUCAACACUUUCAUCGUUAUGCAGAGGAAACUUGGAACAGCUGGACAAAAACUUGGAGGCUCUGCUGUUCUUUGCCAUAUAAAACAUGAUCCCAUGGACCCUGGUGGAUGCUUCACGCUAACCUCAGCAAACGUGGGGAAGUGCCAAACCGUUCUCUGCCGGAAUGGGAAACCUCUGCCUUUGUCCAGGUGUUACGUGAUGAGUUGUGAAGAAGAGCUGAAGAGGAUUAAGCAGCAUAAGGCCAUUAUCACAGAGGAUGGCAAAGUGAAUGGUGUGACGGAUUCAACGAGAAUCUUGGGCUACACCUUCCUUCACCCAAGUGUUGUGCCGCGUCCUCACGUCCAGUCCAUCACCUUAACUCCGCAAGAUGAGUUCUUCAUUCUGGGGAGCAAGGGGCUGUGGGACAGCCUCUCGAUGGAUGAAGCAGUGGAGGCAGUCAGAAACGUGCCUGAUGCGCUGGCAGCCGCAAAGAAGCUUUGCACUUUGGCCCAGAGUUACGGCUGCAAUGACAGUAUCAGCGCUGUCGUGGUUCAGCUCAACGUGACGGAGGACAGCUUCUGCUGCUGUGAACUUAAUGGGGUCCCGCCUCCCAGCCCAGGCAUUUUCCCCCAGACUGUCAACGUGGUCAUCAAGGACAGGCCAACAGAUGCGCUUGGGAUGCCGUCUUCAAGCAGCGGCAUGGCUUCGGAGAUCAGCAGCGAGAUCUCCACCUCUGAAAUGAGCAGUGAGGUGGGUUCCACGGCCUCCGAUGAGCCUCCACAGGUAGCCAUGAACGAGAACAGCCCGGCCUACCCGGGGGAGCAGCGCUGCAUGCUGCACCCUGUCUGCCUCUCCAAUUCUUUCCAGCGGCAGCUCUCCAGCGCCACCUUCUCCAGCGCCUUCUCCGACAACGGCCUUGACAGUGACGACGAGGAACCGAUUGAGGGGGUGUUCACCAACGGCAGCCGUGUGGAAGUGGAGGUGGACAUCCACUGCAGCCGAGCGAAGGAGAAGCAGCUUCUCCAAGUGCCGGUGGAAGCCAGCGAUGAAGGUAUCGUCAUCAGUGCCAACGAAGAUGAGCCCGGCCUUCCCAGGAAAGCUAAAUAUUCUGCGACAGGCACAAUAGGGCGCCGGCGGGGCAACGGUUCUGUGGCACCACAAGAGAGGAGCCACAACUUAAUUGAAGUCGCAACGGAUGCGCCUCUCAGAAAAACAGGGGGCUACUUUGCUGCUCCAGCACAACCCGAUCCUGAUGACCAGUUCAUCAUCCCACCAGAACUUGAAGAAGAAGUCAAGGAGAUUAUGAAGCAGCACCAGGAACAGCAACAACAGCAGCAGCAACAGCAGCAGCAGCAGCGGCAGUAUCCGAUGGACAACCUGGCAGACUAUUACGAUACACCGCUAUGACCCACUCUAUUUACUGCUCAGAAAUAAACUAACAAACAAGGAGACUUGAGUGCGGGACCCGGUGGGCUUGCAUUACAGCAGGGGUUUUCCUUAUCCUUUUCCUUUAUAUACUUCCUUUUCCUUAUCCUGCCACUACAGAUAACUGCAGCUUUUCAGUUUGUUUAGGUUUAAUAUUCAUUGACUUUCUUCUAGAGACGCUUGACCGGUAAAGUUUAAAAUAGUUAACCUUCCCUUAACAUAUCAAGUGUAAAAAACAAACAAACAAAAAAAGUAAUAAAAAGGUUUAAUAUAUUGCUGAGAAACAGAUGAUGAUGUAAUAUUUUUUAAAAUGGCUUGUUUGUUUUGUUUGAAAAGCAGGGCAGUAGCCAGUGCUAAAUGAUUUAAGUAAUAUUGUAAUACUGUAUUUCUUUGAGAGAAAAGGCUUUUUUUGGUCUUGAAAAUGAUAGACAUUUGUAGAAUAUGGAGACUAACUCCUAGGAGUUGCUUUACUCUUUCAGGUGACUUAAGUCACUGAGAUUCACUAAUUUUCUCUGAGAGAACAGUUGAUUGGGAAAUUCCUGUAAAUAGCUCAGUGUUGUAUAGUGAUGCUUACAUGUUUUGUAGCCUUGGCAUUAAGGACACAACCUGAAAAACUGACCUUUUUUUCCUUAAGCGACUCUUUGGGCCAUGGUCAUUGCGCGUAACGGACUGAGUGGCUGUGUACGAGUUAGCUGGAGCUGAGGUGGUGCAGACCAUUUGAAGAAACCCACUUUUUCCUCUGGUCUCUUUCUUUACUUUUACAGACAUGUUUUGUUUGUGUUCCUUACUGCUGCCACAACCAGCAUGAUUGUAUAGAGCUCAUUUGCUGUAGAACAUUUACAUACCAAGAGUUAUAUUAAAGCCGAAUGCACAAAUGAACAUGUCAUAAUUUUUGUUAUAAUAAAUAUGAAAUUUACACCUGA